AUGACAACAAUGCCUACCCCCAAAAACGACCACAUAAUCAUCGUCCGCGGGACAGUCACCGACGUCUCCGUCAUUCUUCACCUGCUAGACAAAGCAGUUGAAUGGCUCGUAUCGCAAGACCGAGUCGGCCAAUGGGGAACAACACCCUUCUCUGAGAAAUCGAGGAACCAUGAGCGAGUCACUGAAUUCGCAACCUCUGGUCUGGGAGUAUGGCUUGCGAUCAAGGUUCUCGAUGAUACAGCUAUGAAAACCGUAGAUGAAGAUCCAGAACAGCCGUCUACGGCGCUAUACUUCAGCACGGACUUAGGCGUCCAGGGUAUUGUUGUCGGCGCGCUCGCGGUGGGCGAUAAGACACCGUAUGUCCCGGCUGUGUCGGAGCCUGAGGCUUAUGUUAAAUUGUUGGUGACGGAUCGAAAAUACAUUGGGGGUGGGAUCGGUCGCCGGCUGCUGGAUCAUGCUCGGGCGUUGACGAGAGAGGCGGGGGUAUCGUUGAUGAGGGUGGAUUGUUAUGGGGGUGGGGAUGGGAAGUUGGUGAAAUACUAUGAGUCCCAGGGGUUUAAGAGAUCGGUUACAAUGGAUGUUGAGGGGUGGCCUUGUCAGGUAUUGGAGAUGCGGUUGGAGGGAAGUUAG